AUGCACUUUUACGAAAUUCAAGUGGAGAAAAUCAGAACAACAAACAUGUACUUUUUAUACAUUGCAACAGUCGCCUCUUUGAUUGGCUCAACCACUGGAGCACUGUGCCGAUGCGCAGUGAAGGUUGAAGAUGCCGUAGAUAUCUCAGUUCCCCUGGAAAGCUACUAUCAGUUUGACAUUGGAGAUGUUCCCGUGUGCGACAAUGAAGAUCUCAAAGAAUGUAGUGACAUUUGUUUGGAUAGGGCAAUUGAUUUCCCAGACCCAUUCCUUUUAGAUACACCAAGCCCAAAUAGUUCGGGUAAAACGAGGGGAACAGAGUAUUGUGAGAAGAUUAACGCCAUGUCUGAAGCAGAUAGACCUGACGUGGGGGUCCCAGGACUUCCAGCAGCCUCUUAUUUCAUGGUAGACGAUUGCCCCGAGACAGAGGGGUACAUGAGCACCGACCCAGCUUACUUCCGGGAUUAUCUUUGUUGCGAUGGCAACACGUGGAUUGACAGUCCCGAAUGUGAUCUUUUGAGAUAAUCUGUGUAAUGUUAAGAAUGAACAAUAAAAUCAAAUAAAAACAGCACUGACAAA